CAGGACCAGCUCCUCCCCCGCAGAGACACCAUGACGUCCAGCUCCUCGCUGCUGCUGCUGCUGCUGCUGCUCGCCGCCUCCGCCGCCGCCUUCCAGCUGCUGCCGGACGAGGCGGCUCCCCGCCGGGCCCGAUUCUCCGCCAACAGCCCGACUGAUGUGGCCAGAUGUUUGAACGGAGCCGUCGCUGUCGGUUGUGGAUUCUUCUCUUGUCUGGAGAACUCGACCUGUGACACCGACGGGAUGCACGAGAUCUGUGAGCUCUUCCUCCAAUCAGCUGCCACCUUCAACACGGAGGGUAAAACCUUCGUGAAGAAGAGUCUUCACUGCAUCUCUCAGGGAAUCUCCUCCAAGGUUUUCCAAACCAUCCGUCGCUGUAACAUCUUCCAGAGGAUGAUCGCCGAGGUGCAGGAAGAGUGUUACAGCAGUCUGGACAUUUGCACUGUGGCUCGAACCAACCCUGAGGCCAUCGGGGAGGUGGUGCAGGUUCCAACGCAUUUCCCCAACAGGUACUACAGCACGCUGCUGCAGGCGCUGCAGGCCUGCGACGAGGAGACGGUGGCGGCGGUGCGGACCGGCCUGGUGGCCCGGCUGGGCCCCGACAUGGAGACCUUCCUCCAGCUGGUCCAGAGCAAGCCCUGCGCCGCCGGCUCCGACGCCGCCGCCUACAGCAACCCGUCCAGCUGGAGGAACAUGCCGGUGUUCAACGUGCAGCCGGGCUUCAGGGGCCGGGACCCCACCCACCUGUUCGCCAGGAAGAGGUCCGUGGACCAGGUGGAGGGGGGGGGCCAGGGCGAGCAGUAGACGACUCACGCAGAUCAGCUGCAGCUUUAGAUGGGGAUCGGGUAAUAAUUACUAAUCUUUGUUAUUCAUAUUUAGGGUGAUUUGCUCGGGCCGACUGCCUGAGAUCCUUUACAGACAUUUGAUUUUCACUGAUUGAUAUCUAUUUUCCUAAACAAGUUAAUUUAUGAGGCCGUUAUAUUUGAGGGGGUGGGAGGAGGUCCUGAAGGUUCCACGCUGGUCGUGGAGCAUCUUCAGGUCUCCUGUUAGAGGACAAACUGCUGGUCUGAGAUCACUUUAUUAGUUUAAAAGUUGUAUGUGAUGUUUGAAUGAGAAGCUGCUGUAACACAUAAGACGACUUGACUGGUGAAAUAAAUGAUGUUGUGUGA